AACAAAUAAAUGUGCCCACAUCGAAUUGAUCUGAAGGGCCUUAGAUAUAUCUUCCCAAUAAUGGAUUCUUGAUCGGUUGAUUAUUCCAAUCUGAAAAUCUUUCUCAUGCGUCGUGCUAUCGACAAUCUCAAUAGGAAACGAAUAAUCUGUGCGAUCGAAAAUUUGAGAUAAUAGGUUAUCAAUAAUAUCGAAGGGAACUAAUCAUAACACCUUCAGAUUUGAAUAUAACAAUGAUACAAUGACAAUUGUGUUGCAGUGUGAAUAUUGACAAGUUAUCAUACUGAAUGUGGAAUCUUCAUCUUGUGUUUUUAGAGACAGAACAUCUGGGAACCGCUCCUAAGAGAUCACGGCAGGAGUUUUCAGCCCUUGUGAUCAUCCUGAGAAGAGUGUGUGAAAUUACAGCUGAUAUUUUGGGUGGUAUUCAGCCCUUGGUGACCACCUUCGGAUUUGAGCAGCAUCAUGGUAGCAUUGCCAGAUCUGGGAAUGGCUGAAGGAGCAUACAGAGAAAUGAGCCCAGCUGCUUCUGUGAUUGAAGAUGAGACCAGUAAGCCAGAUCUCAUCCCAAAUAAUCAAUUAACUAUUUCUACAGUAUGUAGUUUUGUCGAUGGAAAUUACGCUAAUAGCAAAGAUAAAGACAUCGAAACUGGAGUUACUAAAGUUGAAUCUCUCACAAACGGAAAGUCACUGGAAUCGGUUAAAUCGAUUUCCAGUGACGAACCUGAUGCUGACUUCGAAAACGAAAAAUGGCAUGUUAUCACACUUCAAGUUUUCGUCCCAUUUAUGUUGGCUGGUAUUGGAACCAUUGGAGCAGGAAUAGUAUUAGGAAAUGUAGAGAAUUUAGAAGUUUUUCGUGUGAUAAAGGCACUUUACAUUCUCGUGCCAUCAUUAUUAGGACUGAAGGGAAACUUAGAUAUGUGCCUAGCAUCAAGACUCUCCACCCAAGCCAAUCUUGGGAAUAUGAAAUCCAAAAAAGAGGUUAUUAAAAUGAUAAUAGGAAACGUAGGUUUAGUUCAGGUUCAAGCCAUCGUUGCAGCCAAUAUUGUUUCGGUGUUUGCCGUUUGCGUAUCAGCAUUAUUGCAUGGUACAUUCUCAAUUCACGACGGGCUUCUACUGGCUGCUGCAAGUGUAAUGACCGCAACAUUAUCAUGUUUCACGUUAGAUUUCCUACUUAUUGGCGUUAUAUUCUUAUCAUACAAAGUGAAGCUAAAUCCUGAUAAUGUUGCAACUCCACUAGCUGCUAGUGUGGGCGAUGUAGUAUCAUUAAUAGUCCUGUCCACUUUUGCAUCGAUGCUUUACUCAAUAGAAGAACACAGCACCUACAUUUUGCUAGGUAUAAUUAUGGUAUAUUUGCUGAUUGUACUGCCAUUCUGGAUAUUCAUCGUCUUAAGGAACGAAUAUACGAGAAAAAUCCUGACAACCGGAUGGACGCCAGUUCUGUCCGCUCUAGUGAUUAGUGGAUUUGGUGGUUUAGUCCUGGACAAGGCUGUGGACCAAUUCAAGGGUUACGAGGUAUUUCAGCCGAUCAUAAACGGAAUUGGUGGGAAUUUGGUCUCCGUUCAAGCCAGUCGUAUAGCUACAAUGCUCCAUCAAACUUCCAUUCGAGGAGUCAUCCCACCGCACACCAAGAGAUUUGUAGCUCCAUGGACAGCACUCUUCGGUGGAGUGCUACCAGCGGAGACAUCAAGAAUCCUGAUAGCGAUGUCCAUUCCAGGCCAAACUAUAUACGUUUUUGUUGCGGAUCUGUUAUACAACGAAGGUGUAUCAACUCUGACGCCUGUAUUCGUUUUGGCCUACCUUACAGUGGGCCUCAUUCAAAUAAUGCUCCUGCUUUAUAUCGCUCACAUUAUGAUACACACAAUGUGGAUGUACAAAAUAGAUCCAGAUAAUGGCGCAAUCCCUUACCUCACAGCUUUCGGAGAUCUCCUAGGUUCGUCGCUGCUCCUGCUGGCCUUUAUGUUCCUGAAAAGCAUCGACCAGGAAUACUCCCCCAUGCAGAAGGCCUGAAAACCUCGAACCUAUUCAGGAACAAUUUGUACAUAAAUUCGUUCACCGUAAAUUUCCAUUCUCCUCAUCUUUUACUGUAUUCUUGACCAGAUUCAUUCGAUUCCCCGGAUUAGGAACGUGUAAAAAUGUGACGACGAUGAAAUUGCCUCCGCAAAUUGCGCUAAUAUUCUUAUUUGCAUCGUAUUAUAGGUCUCACUUCGCCGUGACGAAGGAAAGGAGUUUUUGCAUUUCGCAUUGUUAAAACAGAACGCCGGACGUUCCGAAACAUUGUGUCAGCUGCGUUCAAGCGUCCCUGUUUGAGGACAAUGCGGAAUUUUCACGUUAUUUUCAGGAUUGUCCCGGAAUUGCUUAUCCUGCUCUAAGCUCCUUUUUUCAUUUCUAUUUGCCACAAUUCUAGAACUUCCCUGCAAGAAUUAGCGCGCAGGAAUUGAGAUAACACCUGACGAGAAUUCUUAUACAGUGGGUGUCUGAAAUCUGAUUGUCAUCUCACUAGCUCAAAAAUUCGUUGCACCUAAUUUGGGUAUGAAUUAUGUAAAUUUCAAUUUGUGUCGUUGUGCUUCUUGUUUUCUAUAUCUAGAUUGUCGCCCAUUUAAUUAUCCAUCAUUUUUGCUCCAUUCUCAGAACACUGCAUAUGCUCUUGGAAAUAUUGAAAUAAUUUUUGUAUGCAUAAAAAUUAUUUCCAUUAUUUUCUAGCUUUCAUCUCAUCAAUAAAAACGAAAUGAAAAAAGGACACUCACUGUAUAUUCAUUCGAUAACUUUAUCGUUCGACUGCUCAUCAGCAUUCCCAAACCAAAUCAAAAUAUUUUAACUUAUAGAUAAUGAUAUUUUCGAAGACUGAUAUAUGGGUAUUCCGCUAUUUUUUGGACUCGUUGUUUUUGUUCCGAUAUUUCCAUUAAGGCAUUUUUCCUCUUUUAAUCAGUAUCAUCAUUGCAGCCUUAUAUAGAUUAUUCUUUUUACCAUUGUUCUUUCUUAAAUAUUAGUUCAGAAUGUUAACAUUCAACUGUGAUGUUUUAAUAAAUUAUUCCUUUUC